AUGGCCAUGCGCUCUGGGAGCGUGCACCUGUUGUUGAGGUUGCAUAUCGAGCUGUCGAGGACGAGGGGCGAGGUCGUCGUCGGGCAGGUCGGUGUUAGGAAGCCAUUGCUUGCUGGCUGGCAGGGGCUCGAAAGCACCCGUGGGCACGCCGGCGAGCAUGAGCUGCACAAUGUCUGUGUCAGGGCAGGCGGCGUCGUUGCAGUUGGGGUGCAGGACUUGGUGGGCAAUGCGGGCUGCCUGCAUGCAUUGGUCCUCGGACAGCGGGUGCUCGGGCUUGCCUUGCAUGAGUGGCAGAGUAUUGGUGCUCUGCGACAGCAGUGGUGCGAUGCAGGCGGCAAGGGAUUGGAGAAGUGUGGCGGGGUAGGUGUUAGGUGCGUGCAGGCCGUGCUGUUGGAGGCGAGCAGCCAGGAGCCGAUGUGCUUGAAGGAAGAAGUUGCCGCCGGCCGCAUUGGUUGCAUGCAGGAGGGCGAGGCAGUUUCGCAGGCAUUGGCACGAAGCUUUGAGGCGCUGCGCAGGGCAGAUGCUGGCGAGGCGCUGUGGGCGGGCGGCAUCCAGGCUGGCGAAGGUGCCGGGGUGAAGGAUGUCGAAGCCGUGCGUGCGGUCCACUGGCGGUGUGGUAAGGCAGCCUUUGCUGGCCAGAGCCUGGGUGAGCGGGCUGUGCUGGCCACCGAAGAGUUCGCAGAAGGCACGCUGUGGAGGCAGGCUCUUGAGAGGCAGGCUGCGGAGGCGGGCCCGAGGGCGGCGCAGGCGGAGCGAGGGCUUUAG